UGCCGAGCAUUUUCCAAGUCCAGGCGGUCUGAGCGGGUGUCGGUUUUGCUCGGAGGGGUCGACGAGGUCUUCCGACUAUUUAUUCCAAUAACAUAAUGGGGGCACAUUAAAGCAGUGGUGCGUGUGCUAAAGCACAAUAUAUAGCGUGGCUAUAUUUAGUUGUCGCCUACUUUCCCUAAGAACCCGUCCAGUCCACCACGCGCAUCUGAGCAGCCAGCACGAGGACCUUGGAUUUCUUUGGACUUUUACAAUUUUUGUAUCGAUGGUGGGUGAGCUGAAGCCUAGCUGCUUGUGAAGGUGUGAAGGGGACCCCCGUCUCUCUGCACACCCCCCAAGCCAGGACUCGCCAUGGCCGGAGUUGCGGCCUGGCUCCCCUUCGCCCGGGCGGCGGCCAUCGGCUGGAUGCCCGUGGCCAACCUGCCCAUGCCCGUGGCGCCCAACCAGAAGAACAAGCGGCAGGACGAGCUCAUCAUCCUCAACGUCAGCGGCCGGCGCUUCCAGACCUGGAGGAACACACUGGACCGCUACCCGGACACCCUGCUGGGCAGCUCGGAGAAAGAGUUCUUCUACAACGAGGAGACCCACGAGUACUUCUUCGACCGGGACUCCGAAAUGUUCCGCAGCGUGCUCAACUUCUACCGCACGGGUAAGCUCCACUACCCGCGCUCCGAGUGCAUCUCGGCCUACGACGAGGAGCUGGCCUUCUUCGGCAUCAUCCCCGAGAUCAUCGGCGACUGCUGCUACGAAGAGUACAAGGACCGCAAACGGGAGAACGCAGAGCGUCUACAGGACGACCUGGAGGACAACAAGGACAAAAAGCCGCCCAACAUGACCUGCCGGGAGACCAUGUGGCGGGCCUUCGAGAACCCCCACACCUCCACCAUGGCGCUGGUCUUCUACUACGUCACGGGCUUCUUCAUCGCCAUCUCGGUCAUCACCAACGUGGUGGAGACGGUGCCCUGCGGCACCUCCACCCACCAGAAGGAGGUGCCCUGCGGCGAGCGCUACACGGUGGCCUUCUUCUGCAUGGACACGGCGUGCGUGAUGAUCUUCACCGUGGAGUACCUGAUGCGGCUGUUCGCCGCGCCCAGCCGCUACCGCUUCAUGCGCUCGGUGAUGAGCAUCAUCGACGUGGUGGCCAUCCUGCCCUACUACAUCGGCCUAGUGAUGACGGACAACGAGGACGUGAGCGGGGCCUUCGUCACGCUGCGUGUCUUCCGCGUCUUCCGCAUCUUCAAGUUCUCCCGCCACUCGCAGGGCCUGCGCAUCCUGGGCUACACGCUGAAGAGCUGCGCCUCGGAGCUGGGCUUCCUGCUCUUCUCGCUCACCAUGGCCAUCAUCAUCUUCGCCACGGUCAUGUUCUACGCCGAGAAGGGCUCGUCCUCCAGCAAGUUCACCAGCAUCCCCGCCUCCUUUUGGUACACCAUCGUUACCAUGACGACGCUGGGGUACGGCGACAUGGUCCCCAAGACGAUCGCGGGGAAGAUAUUCGGCUCCAUCUGUUCUUUAAGUGGGGUGCUGGUAAUUGCCCUGCCAGUUCCCGUCAUCGUGUCCAACUUUAGCCGCAUCUAUCACCAGAACCAGAGACAAGACAAACGACGGGCGCAGAAGAUGCAGAAAGCGCGGCUGGCCAGGAUACGGAUAUCCAAGACGGGCAGCUCCAGCGGCUUCCUCCACAGCAAGCGCAACGGCCUCUUCAAUGACCCGCUAGAGCUAACGCAAAUACCUUACAAGAUGAACCUUUCAGAACAGGGUUCCAUCGAGGACGAGCAGCAGCUGAGCAAGUCCACCUCUCUGUUAGAGAGCCAGCACCACCAUCUGCUGCACUGCUUGGAGAAAACCACUAACCAUGAGUUUGUAAACGAGCAAUGCUACCAGCAGAGCUAUCUAGAGGCGGGGCAGAACUACCAGUCUCAAAGCCCCUCCCUCUCCAGCCAAGAGGGCAUGACGGGCACCUGCUGCACCCGCCGCAGCAAGAAGCGACACUCGCCUCUACCCAACUCCAGCGUGCCCUCGGGUGCUCUGAUGCAUCCCCUGGUGCACCCACACACACAUCAACACGCCUUGCAGGAGCUGAGCACCAUACAUAUCCAGCCCCACACCACCAGUCGCUCCAGCCUCAACAUGCGCCUGGAAGAGCAACAUCCGCUCAACUGCCAGAGCGGGGGCAAGGUCACCACGGCGAUCAUCAGCAUUCCUACGCCGCCGGCGGCAAACAGCCCGGAGGGGGACGCUCAGCCGCCGGCGGUCCCCGCCCACCACCAGAACAUUGUCAAGGUGUCCGCGCUGUGAAGACUGAGCCGGGCUCACACGGGUCACGCAGGCUCAGGAGGACGGGAUGACAUUAGAAUAAAAAAUACUCUGGAAUAAGACUUAGGGUUGAGGGACGGUGGACCGGAAUCGGUUGGACUAGUAGAAGCUCAUUCAGAGGACGCAAAUCUGACCAAGGUGGAGACUGCCAUCUCCUGGACAUGUAGUACAAUGACAUGCACUCCCCGUGCGGAUGGUGGACAAUUUUUAGAUACAGUGUGUUCUCGGUUGGUUGAGGCCGGCUUGUGCGUGUGUGCGUGUUUGUCUGUGUGCUUGUGUGUGUGUGUGUG